UAGACCUCAUUUCUCAAGUUUUAUCUGCUGACGAGUCUCGAGCUAUGGCGCUUCUCUAUCGCCUCCGUUCUGCUUUCCCUUCGAACUCGACUUAUAUCAACUAUCGUCUUCACUACCGUUCUCUCUCCACAAUCCUUUCUCCUGAUUCCUCUAAUCCCUUGUCAGCGAAACAGAAGUCCAGGGCUGCACUGUCCCUACUGAAAACGGAGGAAAAUCCUGAGCGCAUUAUUGAUAUUUGCCGAGCUGCUAGUCUCACUCCAGAAUUUCAUCUCGAUCGUAUCGCUUUCUCUGUUGCCAUUUCCAAGCUCUCAAAAUUUAAGCAUUUCGAUGGGAUUCGCCGGUUCCUCGAGGAAUUGAAAUCUCGUCCCGAUUUGAAGAACGAGCGUUUUGCUUGCCACGCUAUUGUUCUUUAUGGCCAGGCUAAUAUGCUUGAUCAUGCUAUUAGAACUUUCAAGCAAAUUGAUGAACUGGGUGUGCGUCAUUCGGUUAAAACGCUAAAUGCAUUGCUAUUUGCUUGUAAUUUAGCUAAGGAUUACAAGGAACUGAAACGGGUUUAUAUGGAGUUCCCUAAGAUUUAUGGAAUCGAACCGGAUAUCGAUACUUAUAACAGAGUGAUUAAGGCGUUUUCGGAGUCGGGUUCGUCGAGUUCAGUGUCUUCGAUUGUGGCAGAGAUGGACAGGAAGGAUGUCAAACCAAAUGCGACUACUUUUGCGAAUUGGCUUGCUGGGUGCUACAUGGAAGAGAAGUUUGAGGAUGUUGAGAAGGUCCUAAAUUUGAUGGAGAAAUAUGGCGUGCGACGUGGAGUUGCUACAUAUAAUGCAAGAAUACGCAGUCUUUGCAAAUUGAAGAGAUCAACAGAAGCAAAAGCUUUAUUUGAUGGGAUGUUAUCCAGAGGUAUGGAUCCAAACUCUGUUACAUAUUGUGAAUUGAUUCAUGGAUUCUGUAAGGAAGGAAAUCUAGAUGAAGCUAAGAGCAUUUUUAAAAGAAUGAUCAACAGCGGUUGCCAACCAGACAGUGAGUGCUAUUUCACUUUGACUUACUUCCUUUGUCGAGGAGGAGAUUAUGAAACAGCAUUCAAGAUCUGUUUGGAGAGCAUGAAGAAGGGGUGGGUUCCAAAUUUCAGUACAAUGAAGUCUCUUGUUGAUGGGCUAGUUAGUAUUUCGAAGGUCGAAGAGGCAAAGCAACUUAUUGGGCAAAUCAAAGAGAGGUUCUCAAAGAAUGUUGAGAAGUGGAGUGAAAUUGAAGCUGGAUUACCUCAGUGAGGAAAUUCUGGGUUCCUGUGCAACUAUCAAUACCAAUUAAUUGAUUUGUCAGGAAGCUGUUAUCAAAAAGCACUUUUUGUGACCCUUCUGAGAGGCUAUGCUGAAUUUCUACUGUCUUUUAUGUUCUAGCUUUACCACUGGCUGAAAUUUGUAAUGCUGUAGUUGAAUGAAUUCUCUAACUAUUGGUAGGCUCUGACCUGCUUCAAGAAGGGUGAUAAUGUGCUUGAAAUGUUGUCGUUGACCUUCCUGUUAGGUUAGUAAUUGCUGUAUUGAUGGAAGCUAGAUUGUUUUGAGCAAUUUUGUAUGUCAAUAAAGAUGAAACUUAACAUUGGAUUUUAUGCGUCUUCAGAUUUAA